CAUUGGAUCAGGCAGCAUCGAAGUCGUUCCUCGACUGGCUCCCCAGUCCUAAUACAGCAGUAGUCUCAAGCGCUCGAGCCCUCGUAACUGGUACUCUCCUCUAGCUUCUCUCUUUCAUCGCCGACUGCGGAGAUCACUGGCAGUACUUAAUCUGAUGCGAGCCAGCAAUUGAUCAAUAAACUCUUAGUCGGAAAGCGCGAGAAAGGCGAACUUCAACAUGAGGAAGCGAGAUUUAGCCAUUCUCAUGCUCUCUGCUUUCGCUAUUUUCUUCUCUCUUCAGCACGAAGGUGAUUUUUCAUUUCGGGAGGCGUGGUUCCAUUUGUCCGAUGAGUACCCAAUUAAAUACGAAGGUGAUCGUCUCCCACCGGCUCUCGUCGCUGAUCUGAACGGUGACGGAAAGAAGGAAGUCCUGGUUGCUACUCACGAUGCUAAAAUUCAGGUACUGGAGCCUCACAGUAGGCGCGUGGACGAAGGAUUCAGUGAAGCACGUGUGCUUGCGGAGGUGACCCUGUUGCCUGAUAAGAUCCGUGUUGCUUCUGGGAGACGUCCUGUGGCCAUGGCUACAGGUGUUAUUGAUCGAGUCUAUAAGCAGGGACAACCUCAGAAGCAGGUUCUGGUUGUUGUUACCUCUGGUUGGUCUGUUAUGUGCUUUGAUCACAACCUUAAAAAGCUAUGGGAAACAAAUUUGCAGGAGGAUUUUCCACAUAAUGCUCACCAUAGGGAGAUUGCAAUCUCAAUAAGCAAUUACACCUUGAAGCAUGGGGAUUCGGGAUUGAUCAUUGUUGGUGGGAGGAUGGAGAUUCAGCCACAUGUUUACAUGGAUCCUUUUGAAGAAAUUGGGAUGGCAGAACGAAGUGCUGAGCAGCAUAGGAGAAGUGCCAAUGAAAAGGAGGCUUCUGAGAACUCUGGAGGUAUGAAUUUGCGUCAUUUUGCAUUUUAUGCAUUUGCUGGUCGAACUGGUGUACUUAGAUGGAGCAGAAAGAAUGAGAACAUUGAGGCCAAGCAAUCAGAUUCUGCCCAGUUAAUUCCCCAGCAUAACUACAAGCUCGAUGUGCACGCUUUGAAUAGUCGUCACCCUGGAGAGUUUGAAUGCAGGGAGUUUAGGGAAUCAAUCCUUGGAGUUAUGCCACAUCACUGGGACAGGAGAGAGGAUACUGUAUUGAAGCUUGCACAUUUUAGGCGGCACAAAAGGAAAGCAGUGAAAAAAAUGGCUGGAAAGAGUUCAAACUACCCUUUUCACAAGCCUGAAGACAACCAUCCUCCAGGGAAGGACUCAACCAAAAAAAUUUCGAACUUGAUUGGGAAAGCAGCAAAAUAUGCGGGUUCAGCAAAAUAUAACAAGCCAGCACAGUAUAUUCCAACCAUAACAAAUUACACUCAGCUCUGGUGGGUACCUAAUGUUGUUGUUGCUCAUCAAAAGGAAGGGAUUGAAGCUGUUCAUUUAGCUUCUGGACGUACUGUUUGCCGACUGAAGCUGUUAAAGUUUGGGCUUGUUAAUUAUAAUGGGCAGUAAUGUUCCUUUCUCUUCAGGCUGUUGGGGGAAAAUGGUGCUGAACAGACCGUUGUUAGUGGAUCAAUGGAAGGUGCUGCGCCCUGUUUGGCUGUGGCAACCUCUGGUGUACCAGUACGCGAACAACUUUUCAAUGCUUCCAUAUGUCAUCAUUCCCCCUUUAACUUAUUCCAGCAUGGGGAGUUUGCAAGACAUUUUGGUAGAACUCAGGACGUCUCUUCUUUGGAGGUUGCAACACCGAUUCUCGUACCUAGAGAUGAUGGGCACAGGCAUCGUAAGGGGAGUCACGGUGAUGUUAUCUUCUUAACAAAUCGGGGGGAGGUAACAGCAUAUUCCCCUGGCUUGCAUGGCCAUGAUGCUGUUUGGCAGUGGCAGAUUUUUACUGAUGCAACAUGGUCCAACCUUCCUUCUCCAGCAGGAAUGAUGGAAGGAGGCAUGGUAGUCCCCACGCUGAAGGCGUUUUCUUUGCGUGUACACGACAAUCAGCAAAUGAUACUUGCUGGAGGAGAUCAAGAAGCCGUAGUCAUAUCCCGCGGAGGAAGUGUAUUGACAACCAUUGAUCUCCCGGCAUCUCCUACCCAUGCCCUUAUUUGCGAGGACUUCUCAAAUGAUGGCCUUACUGAUCUCAUUCUCAUGACGUCAAAUGGCGUUUACGGUUUUGUCCAGACUAGACAGCCAGGUGCUCUCUUCUUCAGCACGCUAGUUGGUUGUCUCCUAGUAGUGAUGGGCGUUAUAUUUGUCACCCAGCACUUGAAUUCUAUAAAGGGAAAACCUCGUGCUUCUUCUGGCCCUAGGUAAAAAUGGCAUUUCAUUUUA